AGCCAUUUUGUCUACAACUGCUCCAGUACACUCACUCUUCCGAAACCGGAAUAACGAAAAGCCGACAGUACGAAUGGUAUUGGAGGGGAGCUGACAAAAGCACUCCCCGCCGUAAUUUUCGCCAGCUAUUGAUUUAAACCCGCAGUUUUUUCUCUCAUGACGGUCCUACAGAUGGAUUAAAUUUUUGCCUGAUUCGGACGAGACGCUAGCUAACGUUAGCAUUCAGGGGCUAACCACUUUCAAUAGGAUUAGACGUGUAAGCUGUAGCCAGGUUAGCUAGUUUUGGACUGCAACUUGGCAAAAGCUUGACACUUUCAGUUUUUUCUGUCUUCGUGUCAGGCGGAUUUUCCGGUUAUGAGACGCCGUUUUUUUAAUGUCGCAUUUGUCAGCGAACUGUGAAGAUAGCUGCAGUCUUAGCUAGCCCGACAGCUCACUGCUGGUAUUCAGCAAGUUAACGUUACGUUACAGCUGUAAAAGAGUUUGGGACAGUCUGUCCAGACAGGGCGAGCGUGCUAGUAAUCUGGGUAACUAACCUGCGAGCUAAUUAGCCUACAAAUGCAACUCGUCUCAGCCGGUUAAGUUGUUAGUUAAACUCUUUAGACAUUUGGCUAACAUUACAGUGUAAUUAAAUGAUACUUUUUGCCGGGUACGUUAGUUCGUAUUUUUGUGAACAGAACAGAUUAACGUUACGUGACGACCGUUUUUGGAGUAACGCUGGCUAGCCUGCUAAAGCGCUUAUCCUCUUUCAAGUUACUGGUGCUGAUUUAGUUUGAUGAUGUCUAUGCAUUUUUUUUCUUACCAGGAAAUCCAUGCCAGUUGCUAGCUAGCUAAUGUUUGUAGAUAACUAAAGCAUUUGUAGCUGAAAAAGAAAGGCAAACGGAUUUGUUUGAUUUGUUUAAACCAGCGUGCUUCGUCUUUCACGUCCUGCUUUAAGCUUUUUUUCUCUUGGGUCUACGUGGUAUUUUCCUCAGUGUCCUCUGAUCUGGAUUGACGGAUAGCUAGCUAUGUCAUUUUGUAAUGUUCCUAUAUGCUCAGAUUUCAGUAUUAGGACAUGUACUUGGUUUGAAUGCUGUUAUGGUUAUAUUAGCUAACAGAAGCUAAGUUAAUCAGUUAGCCGGUUGCGACAACAUUUGUACUAGCUAGGUUAGGUAGCUAGCUAGCUAGAAUAUAUUUUGUUACGAAACGUAUCUUACAACUCAUCGCGCAUAAUAAGCGGAUACGAGUAUCAUCCGUGUUGGUAGCCAGCUCAAUAUUAACUAGUUAGUUAGCUAGCUAAUUGCGUUUUUAUAAGUCAGUCACUUUUACUGACUCGAGAUCUUUUUCUACAUUAGUUAGCUAACCAGCUGACUGCGUUUGUUAAAGAGAGAACCGUUUCAGCCGAGUGCUCGUUAAUUAACUGUGGUGGUUUGAAGCCGAAGAAGAAAAGAUGUCAGGCCAAUCCAUCACUGAUCGGAUCGCGGCGGCUCAGCACAGCAUGACCGGAUCCGCGAUCAGCAAAGCCGUCUGCAAAGCCACAACGCAUGAAGUUAGCGGACCCAAAAAGAAGCAUCUCGACUACCUGAUCCACUGCACCAAUGAGAUGAACGUGAACGUGCCCCAGCUGGCCGAUACUCUGUUUGAGCGGACAGCCAACAGCAGCUGGGUGGUGGUCUUCAAAGCCCUCAUUACCACACACCACCUAAUGAUGUACGGCAAUGAGCGUUUCAUUCAGUACCUGGCCUCAAGAAAUACUCUCUUCAAUCUGAACAAUUUCCUUGAUAAAGGUGCAUUGCAAGGCUAUGACAUGUCCACCUUUAUCAGGCGCUACAGCCGGUAUCUGAAUGAGAAGGCUCUGUCCUACAGGCUUGUGGCCGUGGACUUUACCAAGAUGAAGAGAGGUAUUGAUGGAGUGAUGCGCACCAUGAAUACAGAGAAGCUGAUCAAAACUCUGCCCAUUAUUCAGAACCAGCUGGACGCUCUGCUUGAUUUCCAGGCCAACCCUAAUGAGCUUACUAACGGUGUGAUCAACGCUGCCUUCAUGCUGCUGUUCAAAGACUCCAUCCGUCUGUUUGCUGCCUAUAAUGAGGGGGUCAUCAACCUGCUGGAAAAAUAUUUCGAUAUGAAGAAGAACCAGUGCAAAGAUGCUUUGGACAUCUACAAGAAAUUCCUGUACAGGAUGACCAAGCUGUCAGAGUUUCUCAAAGUGGCAGAGCAAGUUGGGAUUGAUCAGGGUGACAUCCCAGAUCUCACUCAGACCACCAGAGGAUCUUGCCUUGCUCCCAGCAGCCUGCUGGAGGCAUUGGAGCAGCACCUGGCCUCUCUGGAGGGCAAGAAGACCAAGGAGUUCUCUGCAGACAGCAGAGCCACUACUCUCUCCAGUGCUGUGUCGUCACUCUCCAGCACCGGUAUGUCAUUCAGUCGUGUGGAUGAGAAAGAGAAGCAGCAGGCUUUGGAGGAGGAGCAAGCCAGACUGCAGGCACUCAAGGAUCAGCGUCUGAAGGAGAUCGGCAUGCAGACUCCCUCUGCCUCCCCUGGUACUCAGUCUUCGAGCAGUGUCAACAGCCACAGCGUGGCAAUGGACCCCUUCUCCAACCACACCACCACCCCUGCCACCAACAGCAUGCCAAACCUCACCAGCGACCUGUUUGACCUCCAACCAGCCUUCAUCCCUGCCGUGCAGAGUACUCCCUCCAUAUCCACAGCCACCAGUGCCUGGGGAGGUCUGGAGAGCAGUGCUCCACAGCCCACUGCUCACAUACCCACCAUGAAUGUAGAUUUUGACGCUGUGUUUGGAACGCAAAGUGCCAAUAAUGAUGUGAAGCCAGCAGCUGGUAAAAUCUCCAGUUUUGAUACAUUAGGAGACUUGUUGAAGCCCACUGUGCCAGCUCACAGUCAGGGUCCGGUGAUGCCCCCUCAUUCAGGAGGGAAGCUGCUGGCCAAUGACCUGGACUCGUCCCUGGCCAAUCUCGUUGGCAAUUUGCAGUUUGGAGGAUCUGCAGCCAAAAAGCCGGACAUGCAGUGGACACAGCCUGGGGAGAAGAAGCUGACUGGUGGCUCAAACUGGCAGUCCAAAACCAUGAGCAGCACGACUGCCUGGAGCCCAGCUCCUAUGCCGCCUGCUCCCAUGCCUGUGCCCCAUGUGCAGGCCCCGGCUCCCAUGGCCUUCCCCAUGACCACACCUCAAGUGCCUGUGUAUGGGAUGGUCCCUCCUCAGAUGGGACAGAUGGGAGGGGUUCCAGUCAUGACCCCCCAGCCCAUGAUGUACAACCAGCCUGUUCUCAGACCCACCAACCCAUUCGCUCCAAUUCCAGGAGCUCAGAUGCAGUUCAUGUAAUAGCGUGUACAGCGGAGUGCCAAACAGGACGGCAAAAACCCACUGAGCGAGCAAGUGAGAGGAGAGACGAGGAAAACCAACCACCACCAAAUUCAGGGAGCCAGAGGAGGAGAGGGGGGAGUGGACAGAGAAAAGCAAGAGAGAAAUGCAUAAGGGAGGAGUACAGGGGAAGCAAGGGUGUAUUUCUGUCAUGAAUGCUCACCUCAUUGUCUGAAAUUGCGUUCUCUUACACACACCCACACACACCACGACAGGGUGUUAACAUGGCCUGUUACUCAUUUUUCAUUGUUUCUCAUUUUUGUCUGACUGUAAUGCCAAGGGAAGUUAUAAGUUUGACAUGUUUUAUACUUCACAUGAUAACUUUAUGGGUUCGGAGAGACUGUCUUUGAGUAAAUCAGUCAUUUCUAAAUCAGGUUCAUUGUCGUCUUGGCAGAAAAGACUAAAGUUAACAUUGUUUUGUUUUUACAUUCUUUAAAGGUCCAUAGAAAACUAUAUUUUUGAGUAAAAAAAAAAGGUUUGAUGUCGUAUGUUAAAGUUUCAAAACAUACCUAAGCCAUACAGUCCAUGUAUGGAAGCGAAGCCGCAUAAACAGCCUGAUUUGAAUUUGUUGAUUUGUGAGGCCACAAAAACUAAUGCAUUUACAUAUAUCCACCUAUUCAGCCUGCAGCAGUUUAGCCCCGCCCAUUCUGUGGUGUGCUUGAAGUUAAAAGCAGUGUUACAGCCAAGGCUGCUGUAUGAAUGAGGCUUAAUACAGGGUAAUCAAUCAAAACAGAGGUCAAGUACGUAUACCAGUAGCAAAAACUAUUUAACUGCUUGAGCUGUUCAAAACUGUGUCUGUUUAAUUCUAAGGGAUAAAGAAAGGUAGAAAAUGGUCAUGUUAAAUGAUUAAUGAUACAUAAAUCCACACAAAUGUCAUGUGUGGAGUUCAGAGGGAAAAAGUCCUAUUCAAAAUGUAGGAUAUGGACCCUUU